GUGGGUGGAGGAGAGAGAGAGAGAGAGAGAGAGGGUGGGAGCUCUGGUUGGGCGGAUCUGACCCUGCUUUGCCUUCGGACCGCCUCUCCCGAUCCCUCCUUCAAGCCUCUGGGGCUGCUGCGCUCGUGUUUAGUUUCCCUCUCAUAGUCAAAGGAAGGAUUGAUUCCUUUGGGAAGAGACACAAAUCACUUCAAUUUGAUCGAGAGGGCUAAGGAUACAGCCUUCUCUUGAUUUGGCCACUUUUGAGUUUUUUGUCUCUUCUCUCUGCUGAUAAAGAAAAAUCGGGGAAAAAAACAAGAGGAGAAAAGUUGUUAGGUCAUGAUGACAGUUGAUAUGAGAUCUUCUUGAUCGCACUAGCUGCUCCCAGGAAACAUUAUUGGCACAGAAAAGACGUCUUGCUUUUUGUUUCCACUUUGCGUCUUGGUGACACCGGGAUCUGUCCUGGUUUCCAAACUCGUUCCCAUCCGAGCGCUGAGCUGCCUCUCUCUCUCUUUCUUUCUCGCGCUCUCUCUCUUACGCACGGGAGGUGGGCACCUGAGAACACUACCAACGGGAAGAGAGUGUGAGAGAUCCCGGUUUCAUGUUUGGGAUUCAGGAGAGCAUCCAAAGGAGUGGGAGUAUUUUGAAAGAGGAGCCCAUCGGAGCCGGCAUGAACGCAGUCCGAACAUGGAUGCAAGGCGCCGGGGUGCUGGAUGCGAACACGGCCGCGCAGAGUGGAGUGGGACUGGCCCGGGCGCACUUCGAGAAACAGCCGCCCUCAAAUCUUCGCAAAUCCAACUUCUUCCACUUCGUUUUAGCCCUUUAUGACCGACAAGGACAGCCGGUGGAAAUCGAGAGAACCUCUUUUGUCGGAUUUGUUGAAAAAGAGAAGGAGACUACAGGAGAAAAGACAAACAAUGGCAUACAUUACAGACUGCAACUUCUCUACAGCAACGGCAUCAGAACAGAGCAGGAUUUUUAUGUAAGACUAAUUGACUCCAUGACUAAACAGCCCAUCAUAUAUGAAGGUCAAGACAAGAACCCGGAGAUGUGCCGUGUGCUCCUGACUCAUGAAAUUAUGUGCAGUCGUUGCUGUGACAAAAAGAGUUGCGGGAACCGCAACGAGACACCCUCCGAUCCCGUCAUCAUCGACAAAUUUUUUCUCAAGUUUUUCCUGAAAUGCAAUCAGAACUGCCUGAAGAAUGCAGGAAAUCCACGGGACAUGCGGCGCUUUCAGGUGGUUGUGUCGACGACAGUGAGCGUAGAAGGACACGUUCUGGCUGUUUCGGAAAAUAUGUUUGUGCACAACAACUCCAAACAUGGCAGAAAAGCUCGGCGACUGGACCCGUCAGAGGGAACGCCGUCAUAUCUGGAGCACGCUGCACCUUGUAUCAAAGCCAUUAGUCCCAGUGAAGGCUGGACAACAGGAGGUGCUACUGUCAUCAUAAUUGGAGACAACUUCUUUGACGGACUGCAGGUCAUCUUCGGCACCAUGUUGGUCUGGAGUGAGCUCAUCACACCUCAUGCCAUCAGAGUUCAGACCCCUCCUCGUCACAUCCCGGGGGUGGUAGAGGUCACGCUUUCCUAUAAGUCCAAACAGUUUUGCAAAGGCACACCAGGAAGAUUCAUCUACACUGCUUUGAAUGAACCUACCAUAGACUACGGUUUUCAGCGGUUACAGAAGGUGAUACCUCGGCAUCCAGGAGACCCUGAACGCUUGCCAAAGGAAGUGAUUUUGAAGAGAGCAGCAGAUCUAGUGGAAGCACUUUAUGGAAUGCCUCAUAAUAACCAGGAAAUCAUUCUUAAGCGAGCAGCGGACAUUGCUGAAGCCCUGUACAAUGUGCCACGAAACCACAACCAGCUCACUGGCCUCACCAACAACUCCGUCCAUGCAAGCAUGAUGGGAGUGAACUCCUUCACUGGACAGCUCGCCGUUAACGUCUCAGAAUCCUCUCAGGGUGGAAACCAGGGUUACAGUCGUAAUACGAGUAGCGUGUCACCACACGGUUAUGUGCCCAGUUCCACCCCUCAGCAGAGCAGUUACAGUACGGUAUCCUCCAGCAUGAAUGGCUACGGCAACAGCGGCAUGACCAACCUGACUGGCUCCCCGAGCUUCCUGAACGGCUCUGCCACCAACUCACCCUACGCAAUUCUCUCCUCCUCAUCCACCAUGGCCUCCUCCACCAGCCUGCCCUCAAACUGCAGCAGCUCCUCUGGAAUCUUCUCCUUCUCUCCGGCAAACAUGGUUUCAGCUGUGAAACAGAAGAGCGCGUUCGCUCCUGUCGUUCGGCCCCAGUCCUCACCUCCACCUACAUGCACCAGCACCAAUGGGAAUGGUCUCCAAGUUAUCCCUGGAAUGAUCAUUCCUCCAAUGUAGGGUGCAUCUGUGAGUGUGUGUGUGUGUGUGUGUGUGUGUGUGUGUGUGUCUGUGUGUGUGUGUGUGUGUUUGUGUGCAGACGGAAAGAUGAAACAUGCUUUCAUGCCACUGGUCUCACUGAGCAUGUGCAGGAAACUCCGGCGCUGGACUGACCUCGCGGUUCUGUUCUGAAGGAUGAAAAAUUACAAACUCAGGCCCUUUUUAAACACAAUCUGCUUUGCAACAAAAAUAUAUAGAGGAAGAACGAUACGAGAAAAAAUAUCGAACUGAACUGUUGUACCUCCCUGUUUUGAUGUUGAAAUUUGUACUCACCUUAUAGACACUUUUUAAGAUAAGACUACAUCUACACUAUAACAUGAGAGGUCUAUUUAUUUUAAAAACGUAGUUAAUGAUUUGCCAUCAUAUUUGUGUGUUUCUGUGUACACCACCCUUUUAUGAAAUGAUACCUGACACAAUAUUGCAGUGGUUUCUAUUUAUGAUUUUAGAUGAAGGAUUGCAGGUGAUUUUUGCGUAGUAAUGUCCCACUGAAUUUGCUCAAUUGCAUUUGAAUUUGAAGAACUGAAGUCAAGCAGUCUACAAAAUGCCAGCGAUUUAAAUUCAUAUUAAAACUGCGGCGGCGAAAAUAUCAUUAAUGCCUUUUUUACCAUCUUUAAAAACUGAGAAACUCAGCUCCUUUGCUUUUUCACUGUCUUGAUUUUCACACUCGUAUUCCAUUUGCUGAGAUUAUGCUGCCUUCAAGUCCUUCUGGGAAAUUAUGAUUCGGAAAACAUUUUGAAAAUCAAAAAUGGGCAUGUUUGGCUUUUCAUAUUUCUCUCGCUCUUUUUAAACUUAAUGGCAAGCUUUUUAGCACCACUCAAGUUAUCCCAAACCUGUUUGGUUA